AUGGCAUUGGUACAGAACACUGCAAAGGAGUCUUCCUCUCUCUGUGCCCAAGGCUUGACGCCACCGAAUAGCCCAAUCAAGGGGCCAACUACAUCUCAAACGAUCGUGAGGGAUCUGCAAUAUCAGUUUGGUGUUUUUCUCGAGAAGGCGCUGCUCGAUAUUACCAUCUAUGCGCCUCCGAACACCCCAGUCUCUCAGGAUCAGGUCCCAGCGGGACCAGACAUGGUUCAAUUGAAGCAGUUGUUGGCAAAGCUUACCUUCGAUGAGUACCCUCCAAUCGAACUGAGUUCAGAUGAGCUUGCUGUGGAAGAGAGGCUUCAGGUGGCAGAUGGUAUUGAUCUUAAUAACCAGCCGACGGAAUCUAGCGACAGCCUUGAUGAAUACGCUGAUGGUCCACCCGGUGUCGGAAAGACGUUUACCGUCGAGGCUACUUCGGAACGUUUUAAUCUUCCUCUCUAUUCAAUAUCUGCCGGUGAGCUUGCUGCCGACGGAGGUAAUCCAAACGCGCUUGAACAGCAGCUAGAGCAUAUUUUCAAGGUUGCAAAGCACUUUAACGCUGUACUGCUUUUGGAUGAAGCAGAUGCAUUCAUGGAGCAGCGGACCUCUUAUCAUGGAACUCACAACCGCCUCGUGACCGUCCUUCUUCGUAAAUUGGAAUACUACCAGGGUAUCCUUUUCCUGACAACAAAUCGGAAAAUACAAUUUGACGAGGCGAUAAUGAACUGCAUCCAUCUGACCAUAAAGUAUGAUGACCUGACAAGAGAGUUUCGCAGGGAAGUCUGGAAAAGUCACUUGUCCAGAGCAACAACUGUUCAGGGUCAUACUAGCGUCGGAUCUGAUGAACUGCAGGUCUUGAUCAAGAACCUUAUUGCCAUUGCGCACGCCCUUGCCACUGUGGAUGGAGAGAGAGUGGGAUAUAAGCAUCUAGAACUGGCUGCGGGAUCGAGUGAGAGCCUCCAAGAGAAAUUUGUCCAAGAGAAUCGGAUUUAG